AUGCCCCAGGCGGCCGGAGCGCGGCUCAUCGACGAUCAUUCCAAGCACGACCACAACGCCACCAGCCGCGAGCAUGCCCGCAUAGAUCUCGGGGGCGCGGAUCGCGCUGCUGCCGCCGCGCACUGCCCGCCGUCUUGCUUGUGCCGCCCGCGGCGCGUCGAAGUCCAGAACACGUUGUUCAUUUUCGCCGGCGUCGCACGUGACCCGAAUUACAUCCUGGCCGGCCUGUUCCACCUGGCGAUCGACCAGUGCGUCGACGACGUCCCGCAGCUCGAACCGAGCUCGUCGGCGACCUCGGCAAGGGUUGCCGUGGACAGCGUGCUCGACUUCUUGGGGUGGGACAUCAAGGUGCAGGAUGGGGCCGCUGCCGAAUUCCAGGAGGUAGCUCCAGCGCUGGGAGUUCGAUUCGUCCACAGCGGCGUCGGCCACGGCGAGAUCGCGAUUUGCCGCAGGGCGGGCAAGGCCGAGGCCGUCAUCGCCAGUAUGAGGCAGAUCGCGGAGGAGGGAGUUUUACGCCUUCUGGUCACGCCAGGCCACUGCAGGUUGGCGCCCUUCGGAGGACGCGGCGCGCGCGGGCUGAAGUACCUCGCCGACGCUUCUUGUGGAGCACCUGCGCUGGCCACGGAAGAGGCCGAGCUGCUCCCGGUGGCGGUCACCUGCGGCGCAUGGGGCGCAGACGGGCGCGCGCUCGUCUUCGUGGGCAGCGAUGCUGCUCGGGCCGCCAUGAUCCCGGGCAGCGGUCGGUGCAUCAAGCCCGGCUCGCUGCUUCCCGCCGCGGCACGUCGCCGUGGCCCGAGCGGGGUGUGCUAUGUUGUGCUGGGCCCAGGCGACGUCGCCGACGCACCGGCGCGCCUGGGCCUCGCCUGCUGCCGGGCGGGGAGCGGCCUCGCCGGCGACGGCGCGCAGGUUGCCGCUGCGCGCUCGGACGUCGAAGUUGCCCACGCCGAGACAGGCUCGGUGGGCGCGCUCGCAGAGGCCCCAAGCCGCGGGCAGCGGCGGCCCGGCGGCUGUGCCCUCACCUGCCAGGGCUCUGGCGGCCACGGCACCGGCGUCCUGCGCGCCUACUACGCCUGCUACCUCAUCCGCGGGCUCACCGUGGGCAUCGCCGGCGCGUCCAGCUUGGCCAUCUCCGAGGCGACGGGGCUGCCGCAGAACCUGCUCGUGGCCUCGCGCGGAGUCGGGCUCGUGCUGGGGCCCACGGCCCUCAGCCCGCUCAUCGGCCGGCUGCUCUGGAGCGGGAACUCCGAGGCGGGCGUGGCUGGCGCGCUGGCGCUGAAGAUGGCCUGCGAGCUGGUCAUCCCCCCUGACAAGCCCGCUGCUCCUGUACCUGGCUUUCCUCCUCGUGGGCAUGUCCAUGGCCAUGCUGGACACCUUCGCCACGCUGCUGAUCGCACGAGCCCACGGUCCGCUGGCCGGGAGGGCCUUCCUCAUCUACGACACGCUGUACGGGACCGGCUGCAUGCUCGCCCCCUUCAUCGUGGUCACGAGCCCCCGGCAGUCCUGGCUCGUGCUUGCCGCCGUCGACUUCGUGACCUUCGCGGCCCUGGCGGCGAAGAGGCUGCGGCGCGGCAAGCCCCGGGCCUGGAAGCAGAAGGUGCGCGGCGCCGGGCCGCUGAGCGCGCCGCCGGAGCCCGGCGCCGAGGGCGCGCGCGCGGCGGCGGGCGGGCCCCCGCGGCUGCCGGCGCGGGUGCUGCGGGCGGGCCUGCCUUCAGCUUCGCGGUGCAGGUGACCAUGACGGCGGUGUCCUGCUGGGCGUUCACUUACGCCGUGUGCUCGCUGGGCCUGCCCCAGCGGGUCGCCGCGGCCGUGCCCGCGGUGUUCUACGCCUCGUGCACCCUGGCCCGCGUGGCGCUCGUGCCCGUCUCCAGCAGGCUGCUCCCGUCGACCAUCAUGCACGCCGGGGCCCUGCUCGCCGGCUCCGCCGCCGUGCUCUUCUACUGGGUGGACGGCUGGCUGGUGGAGCAGGCGGCGCGGGGCCAGGCGCCGGGCCGGGGGUGCCAGGGCCUGCUCCUGGCCUGCUUCGCGAUGAUGGGCGCCGGGUUCUGCCCGCACCACACCAUGACGAUCGCGGCGAUGCAGCGCCACGGGACGCUCAGUCCCCAGGUGCACGGGUGGUAUGGCACGAGCACCUGCCUGGGGAUCACGUUUGGCAUGUUCCUGCCCGGAAUGUUCGGCCUGCCCCUGAUCGA